AUGCAUUGUACUUUAUUUUUUUUGACAUGUAUUGUGGUAAUGAUGCAGGUGGUGAGAAAGCUACUUGAAUCUUUUGAUAUCAUCGACUUAACCAAUGAUCAUGGGAACACAGCAUUACAUGUAGCUUGUUACAGGGGCUACUUACCCAUGGUGGAGAUUCUAAUAGAUGCAUCUCCCUCGCUAGCACUAUUAGUUAACCAUCAUGGAGAUACUUUACUUCAUUUGGAAGUGGCUGGUUUCAAAAGUCCUGGUUUCUGUAGACUAGACAAGCAUUUCGAACUCGUGCAGAAAUUAGUUAGUGAGAAGAUUGUAAAGAUACGAGACAUUGUCAAUUUAAAGAACAAUGAUGGAAGAACUGCUCUUCAUGUAUCUGUGAUUGAUAACAUCCAAGUUGAGGUAGUGGAAUUGCUUAUGUCUUUGCCGUUAAUUGAUUUGAACAUUUGUGAUGUCGACGGGCUGACACCUGUAGAUAUUUUGAAGCAAAGGUAA